AUGAAGUUUCAAAUGCCGUCAGGCGGAAACCUCGGACGGACGAAAAAUAUACUACAUUUCGUACAAGGCUUCACCAUCUUCCUCGCAUGGGCCUUAACCAUCGCUAUCUGGACCAAAGGAGACGGCAUCGAUGGACGCACAGGCUGGUACUGGGGUCUGUGCUGGUUGAGUAUUCCCGGCCUGAUCUACCUGGUGGCAGUGCCGAUGUGGCCACGAGCCCGACGCUUCGGUAACGUCUAUGCCUUCGCCAGUGUCGACAUCCUCUAUUCGAUUCUCUGGCUCAGUGCUUGGAUCUGUCUUGCUUCCUAUGUCGCCCAAGGAAAGUCCAAGGGUUCGAGCAGUGACAACGACAAGUCCAACUCCGAUUCCAAGUCCGCCGCCAGGAGAGCCAACGCCGACAGUGACAGUAACAAGAGCACCAAGACCGGAUGCGAUAAUUGGGCCUACGGAAGCGCUUCCAAGUGCAAGCUGAGCGAGGCAACUACAAUUAUCGGCGUUUUCAUCUUCGUCCUCUUUGCCAUCACCGCCUGGAUGUCCUUCCGCAACGUGAUGCACUUCCGCCGCACCGGCACCCUCCCCGACGCCGUCUCCGAUCCCACUUUCGCCGCGCAGAGCAAAGCCGCCUUCUCGUCGAACCCAGCCCACGACUUCGAGGAGGAUGACGACGACAUGCGCUCCGGCCGAGGCGGCGGCAUGGGCGCCUCCUCCCGCGGCGAUCGGGAUGAGGACUACGCCCUUCUGCACCAGAGUGAGGUGGAUGACCUGAGCAACGCACACGGCCGGACCGCGAUGCAAGGCUCCUACGACCCCACCGCUCCCGCUCCCGGAGGCAUCCUCCACGAUUAUAACAACACCUCCUACGGUGGUGCGCAUGGCCAGCACUAUACGGAGCCGUCUACUCAGUACAAUCCGUCGGAUUACACCCCGUCUGAGUACACUGCUCCCACUGGGUUUGGCGGCUCAUCGCGGUGUUGGGCGCAUCGCUGUUUACUCUGGGCUGAUGCCCUUGUCUUUACCAUGUUUCUCGAGGGUCUUUUGGUCCUGGGAUUACGAUUCAACACCGACCAUACAAACCAAACCACGGGACCUACGGUCUCCCCAGCCCCAAAAAUGGCCAGUGAAAUCGACAUCUACAACCAGUACCCAUUGUACAUGGACCCCAGCACCAAAGCGCUCUCACUCCCACCCUCAUCCGCCCAAACACCCUCCCAAGCAGCCGCAAUCAACACCGAACUGGAAGAACUGAACCAACUACACCGCGCCCUAAUCAGCCUCGACCCACCCAACAUCCCACCCGCGCCCCUCCCCCUAAACCCCAAGCGCAGCGCGCAAAUCAGCAAACUCCGCGACAGCGCCAACGCCGCCCACCGCAAAUCCAACUACGACGAGGCAAUCAAGCUGUACUCCUACGCCAUCGACAUGGCACUCAGCCGGCCGGGCUGGGAACCUGUGGGCGUUGCGCGGGAGGAGUUGGCGGGUCUUUAUGCGAACCGCGCGCAGGCGCACAUGGCUCUGCAGGCCUGGCCCGAGGCGCUGGUUGAUGCCAAGUCUAGUGUUGACUCGAAGCCUAUUGGGAAUGUGAAGGCUUGGUGGCGGAUUGCUAAGUGCCUUGCGGAGAUGAGUCGCUAUGAGGAGGCGCGCAAGUUCUUGCAUAAGGCGCUUGAUAUUGAAGGGAAGGAGUCGGAAGGUGGGAAGGAGUUGUUUGCCUUGCUGGGGGAGGUUGAUAGGGCUUUGUUGCGGGGAUUGUCGGCGUAG